UCAGCUUUUCAUUGCCGCUUCCAGCUCCCUCGCAGACCAUCCGUGGGACGCCAAUCGAUCCGUAUAAUCCAACUUGUAUGUCAUCUCCACCUUUCGAUCGCGAAUUCUCCAAACUCUCUGAAACCCUAGCUUCUUCGAUCUCUACUAUUCCGAUCUCUGCAGAUGGGGGACUACAACGAUGCGUUAAUGCGCAACAACAACGCCGCCGUACAGGCGCGCACGAAGGCUCAGAAUCGUGCCAAUGUUCUGCAACUUAAACUGAUCGGGCAGAGUCAUCCCACCGGUCUAACAGCCAAUCUUUUGAAACUCUUUGAGCCUCGUCCUCCAUUGGAGUUUAAACCACCUCCAGAGAAAAGAAAAUGUCCACCAUAUACAGGAAUGGCACAAUUCGCAAGUAACUUUGCUGAACCAGGAGAGCCAGAAUAUUCUCCACCAGUUCAAAAGGCUGAAACUCCUGCACAACGAAGAGCUAGAAUCCACAAGUUACGACUAGAGAAGGGAGCAGAAAAAGCUACUGAGGAGUUUCAGAAAUAUGAUCCAAAUAAUGACCCAAAUAUUUCGGGAGACCCAUACAAGACAUUGUUUGUAGCUAGGCUUAACUAUGAGACAACUGAGAGCAGAAUCAAAAGGGAGUUUGAGGCUUAUGGGCCAAUCAAGCGGGUCCGACUCAUUACCGACAAAGAGACUAGUAAACCUAGAGGUUAUGCUUUCAUUGAAUAUAUGCAUACACGGGAUAUGAAAGCUGCUUAUAAACAAGCUGAUGGAAGGAAGCUUGAUAACAGAAGGGUGCUGGUUGACGUUGAACGUGGUAGAACUGUUCCUAAUUGGCGUCCCCGCAGACUGGGUGGUGGACUUGGAACAACUAGGGUUGGAGGUGAAGAAGUGAAUCCAAAGUAUUCUGGAAGAGAACAGCAGCCAGCAGGAGGACCACCUCGGUCUGAGGAGCCUAGGACAAGAGAGGAUCGGCAUGGAGACCGGGACAGGGAAAAAUCCCGUGAAAGGGGAAGGGAUAGAGAGAGGGAACGGGAAAAGUCUCGUGAACCCGACAGGGCCAGAGAUCGGGAUCAUAGAGAGGAUAGGCACCAUAGAGAUCGUGACAGAAACCGGGAUAAGGACAGGGACAGAGAUAGGGGUCGUGACAGGGACCGCACCCGUGAUCGUGAUCGGGGUCGGGACCGUGGUCGUGAUUAUGAGCGAGAGCGUGACCGAGAUCGUGAUCGUCCUAGGGAGAGAGAAAGGGAGAAGGAGAAAGAUAGAGAUAAGGACUAUGAUGCCGGGGAACCUAACUAUGACCGUGGGCGUUCUCGUGAUAAAGAAUAUUAUGAUCACAUGGAAUCAAAGCAUGAGCGAGAACGACAUGGUGAAAGGGACCGGGACUUAGAACAUGCUGGGCCUGAGGAUGAUCAUGGGUGGUAUGAGCAGCCUGAGCAUGGGCAUAGGCGUCCAGAAGCUGAACAUGAUGAUGAGCAUUACAAGCACUAUGAUCAUCAAGCUCGAGGACAGUAUGAUCAUCUGGAUGCCCAGGGUGAUCACGACCUUUAUGAUCGUCAUGCUGACAAUGAUCGUGAUCGUUACAACCAAAUGGAUGAGGAUAAUUACCCUUAUGAUCAUGCAGCAUAUGACUCUCGUGAAAGGGAUAGGACUCGGGAUCUGGAGCGUGAAUAUCGGCGCUCAGAGAGGUCACUCUCCCGAGAUUUCGAACACUGAAGUCCUGGUUUUCAAUAUCUUUGACUCGCUGUUUUGUGCUAAAAAGGGUUUACAGUCGAGCUCAAACAAGUGUGGUUUACAGCCGCUGCAUCAAGUAUGUACCCUUGGAGUCGUGUUUUACAUUUUGAUCCAGACCAUUUUGUGUGUUUUGAACUCUUUUUAUCUGGGAUGUUUUGAGAUAUAUUUGGUUUGGAAUUUGGUAGCAUCUGUUUUUGACAUUUGAAAUUGAGUGGGACGGUCCUAAAUAUCAUAUUUGUAGGACUCAUCUUCCUAAUUGUAAGACCUUUAUCAACUUUUUUAUGUAAUUUUGGACCUAUGUUCUAUAUUCGUUCUUGGAUGGCGUCCC